ACGAGUAAGUAAGUGUGUGUGUGUGAAAGAUAAAAAAAAAGUGAUUUAUAACGCCGUUUCUCUACCGAAGCCGAGCGCGAGGGGAGUGUAGAGUGACGCAUGCGCACUGCGCUGCUCACGGCACCGGGCGUCACACCGCAGCGGCUGCAGCUUUUUUUUUUUUUUUUUCAGAUAGAAGAAGAAGAAGAACAGGAGGAGAGAAGGAGAGAGAGAGAGAGAGAGAGAAGGCAGGAAGGCCCGCGAGCUCGGGAUCAGUGAGAAGGUUGGACGGACGGACAUAUUGAUCCGGUAUUUCCGGGCUGCGGAUGCGGUUCUCCGUGGCGCGCGCGCACCAUUUGUUGCUGAAAAGCCAGGUUUUCAGGGAUUAUUAUUAUUAUUAUUAUUGUAGUAAUAAGAGCGCUGUGUGGUGAUUUAUCUGUCUUGACUUUGGCCGGAUGAUGGACCGGAGCUGAUUGAGAGCAGUGAGAGCAUCCGUGAGAAGUGAUGAGAGAGCAGGGUGAGGAGUACCGCGUGUGCGCGCUCGGUUCGGUUCGGUCCGGGUUUGUUUUCCGCUCGGUGUUAUGAUGGAAAGCGCUGAUGGCUCCACCAGCGACGCGAAACCACAAAGCCAGCCGGUGGAGAAGAAGAGGUUAAACCGUGCACCGUCUCCAGCCAGACCUUUCCUGAAGGAUGUCCACUCCAGAGCUCCGAAAGCGUCCGCGCUCACGCCGAAAUCUCCCAAACUCAGCAACAAGCAGCAGCAGCAGCAGCAGCACUGCACACCGCCGUCCUUCAGUCCGCACAGCCGCCUGGUGAGACGCGCCGUGACGGCCGGAGCGAAGGACAAACCUGCGCCGGGGAAAAUCGCCGCCAAGUCCGCGGCGAAUAAAAAGGCCGCAAAGGUCACGCUUGCCGGGAAACCGGCGGUGAAGGCGGCGGACUCCGUCCCUCGUGCGCCGAAAGCCGGAAAAGCGAAGCCGGUCCCCCUGGCGCGCGCGCCCCCGGCCCACGGUUCCGACUCGCCGGUGCGCGUUCCCACGGGGCGCCUCGCUCAGACGGACAGCAGCUCGGAUCUCUCGGACUGUCCCUCCGAGCCGCUGUCCGACGAGCAGCGCCUCGCUCAGGCCGCCAGCAGCGAUGCCGAGUCCGGAGCCGGGUCCGGGUGCAGUGCUGCGGCUGCGGAUGAAACCCGACUGCUGCACGGACAGAGAGCGGACAUCACCACCGCGGCCCAGGCACACGCUUCACCUGCGAGGGACAAACCCAAAGCGGAAACCCUCCCGCAGAUCAAACCGGAGGUCUGCAAAGAGCUGGCGGAGGAGGACUUACUACGGGAGAUCGAAGAGCUUCGCUCGGAAAACGACUACCUCAAGGACGAAGUGGAUGAGCUGCGUGCUGAGAUGGAGGAGAUCAGGGACAGCUACUUGGAAGAGGAGGUGUAUCAGCUGCAGGAGCUACGCAGGGAGCUGGAUCGCUCCAACAAGAACUGCCGUAUCCUUCAAUACCGGCUGCGCAAGGCAGAGCAGAAAAGCCUGCGAGUGGCCCAGACUGGCCAUGUGGAUGGAGAACUGCUCCGUAACCUAGAACAGGAACUUAAGGUAGCCAAAGAUGUCUCGGUGCGUCUACACAACGAGCUGGAGAGCGUGGAGGACAAGCGCACGCGGGCAGAGGACGAGAACGAGACGCUCAGGCAGAAGAUCAUCGAGGUGGAGAUUUCCAAGCAGGCUCUGCACAAUGAGCUGGACAGGGCCAAAGAGGUGUCAAUAAGAAGACGAGGGAGCCGGGAAACAUUCAAAGACAAAAAAUCUCUUUCUCAGGAGGAUAGUGCUGACCUGCGAUGUCAGCUGCAGUUCUCUAAAGAAGAGUCAGCCCUAAUGCGCAAGAAGAUGGCCAAGCUAGGCCGGGAGAAAGAUGAGCUGGAGCAAGAGCUACAGAAAUACAAGUCUGUGUACGGGGACGUGGACAGUCCCCUACCCUUGGCCGAGGCACCGGGUGGCGGGCCGCACAGCACGCGUGAAGCUGAACUCCGACUACGCCUUAAGCUUGUAGAGGAAGAGGCCAAUAUUCUGGGUCGAAAGAUUGUAGAGCUUGAAGUAGAAAACCGAGGCUUGCGGGCUGAGAACGAGGACCUGCGCUGCCAGUAUGAGCGUGACUGCUUUGGGCGUGAACCUUUCUCCAGUGUGCCUACAUCUCCAUUUGGUGCAGACGCUCCAGAGUCUGCAACUGAGCUGCGACGCCAUUUGCAGUUUGUGGAGGAAGAGGCUGAGCUGCUACGGCGCUCCAUUUCCGAGAUCGAGGACCGCAAUAAACAACUGACCACCGAACUCAAUCGCUUUAAAUUUGGACCUUCGGAUGGUGAGGCCGAGGAGGUAGAGGGUGGUUUGGCCAUGCUGAAGUCUGGAAACAGUAGUGCAAGCAUGCCAGUGAGUGGCAUCGUGUCCCUGCAGGAAGAGCUGAAAUCUGCCCGAAUGCAGAUAAAUGAACUGAGCGGUAAGGUGAUGAAGCUGCAGUACGAAAACCGUGUACUGAUCUCAAACAUGCAACGCUGCGACCUGGCUGCACACCUGGGCAUUCACUCUGCAAGUCCUCGUGACAGCGAUGCCGACAGCGACGCAGGACGCAGGGAUGCCGAGGAGGAAGAGACAGGACGGCUCUUGCUGCUUCACCCCAAACGAGAAGGUCCAGUUGGUGGAGAGAGCGACUCUGAGGACCUGUUCGAGAAGACGGCCACCUCAGGUUUCGGAAGCGCUGGGAAGGGGUCAGAUAUAGGUGAGCUUGGACCGGUGGAGCUCACAAAGCGGAGACGGGAGGAUCGCGAGAUGCUUGGUGGUAUUAAAAGGGAGGCUGAGCGGCUAGGAAAGACCGUGGAGAGGCUCAUCUCGGACACGAACAGUCUGAUCUGCGAGGGGAGACUUGUCGUGACCGGAGCCGACUCGGUGGGGGAGGGAUCAGACUUCAGGGGUGACGGAGACUCAGCUGAAUCCAAGCCUGACUCUCAGUCUCAGGUGCUAGAUGCCAUCAAUGCUCGCAUGCGGACAUUCCGGGCAGAGCUUUAUGCCUUCAUGGAGAAAGUGGACCACCUGGGCGAAGGUCUAAGGGACCGCAGCGACGAUCUUUCGCCAAUGCCUAAUCUAACAGAGUCGAGCAGCUUUUUGUCAUCUGUCACAUCCAUGUCCCGCGACUCGCCUAUUGGAACUCUGGGAAGGGACCUGUCGACAGACUUUCAGUCCGGCCGGAGGCAGGAGUUCGAGUGGUCCCCAGGCCGGCGGAAUGGCCCGGAGGCGCCUGCGCUCAGUAGAUACGGCAGGCCCCACUGUGUCAGAGCCGAGCUCCGGGAGCCGACCCUGUCUGAAGUGGGCACUCCAGCCAGGGAGACACCGUUUGGUCUGGAUCUCGAGAGGAGGAUGAGAGCAGGACAGGAAGACAGAGACACUCUGCCAUCCUCCAUCACUCAGGAGGAGGAGCUGAGACAUCUGGAGGCGCGUCGAGGUCUGGAGUUGCAGGGUCUACAGCCGCAUGAGCCCACAUGGCCACAGGAAACAGCCCUCCUGCAACAGGAAGUGCGCCUGUUCCGUCAGAAUGCCAUCAUAGUCUACAUGAAGCUGCGCUGGAUCCUGAUGCACUGGAGGCUCGGGCGCAGGGCAGAAGCAGCCGAGGAGGGAGCCGAGUAUGAGCGGCUGGAAAGCAUCCCAGAGGUUGGAAUGAUGAGGGAACAUGCUCAGGAAGAGCCAGAACGAGAGAAAAAAGUGUGUCCCCAGGCCGUGUGGGGGGACAUCCCUGACCCUGGACCACUCUCACUGUCCCCGGAGAAACUCUAUCAGAAACAGACGGAUGACAGUAGACGCGUCUUUCAUGCCCUGCGUUCUCUGCUGGAGGAGUUGAGGGCGGAGCUACGGGACGAGGCUCAGAGAUGCUGCCAGCUGCAGCAGGCGCUGGCUAAUGAGAGAGCAGCGUGGGAGAUACAGCGUGCCGAGAUGAGGAGCCACAUAGCACAGCUGGAGGAGUCGAGAGGAGCAACAUUAGUAGGUGGGACGGACUCCUUGUGGCAGGAGAGGGAGAGGGAGCAGGAGAGGGAGCGGGAGGAGCAGAGGAGGCUUCUGGCCGACAGCCAUGGCGUGGCUCUGGAGCUGCGCUGGAAGCUGCGGCACGGCGAGCGGCGAUGGACCAGGGAGAGAAGCGAACUCCUGGAGAGCUUCGAGAGGGAGCGACAGGAGCGAGACCGUUACGUACAAGACCUCCGGCGCAAGAUGGAGAAGAUGCAGCGGGAACUGCCUCUCCGUCACUCUGAAGGAGGGACGCCGCGUGUCUUCUCUCCUCAGGACAGUCCCUGUAAGGUCCCUAGAUCUCCACGGUCUCCUCACGGAGCUCCAUGUGCCGUGUCUCGUUCCUACUCAGACUCGGAGGCCAUGCUGGAAGAGAAGACACGACCCUGUGAGAGCCUCUUCUUGAAUGCUCUGUCUCUGGAUCCACCAAAUGAGGCUGAGGUUCCACCUUCAUCCAGGCUGGACAGUGAGAGGAGGUUUCCCUGUCUGAAUGAAGCACUGAAUGAGAUCUCAGAGAGAGCAGAGCCUGUACUCUACCCCGAGGAAGAGAUGACCACUGGCAGCCUCCUCAGGGCAAAAUCAGUCUGUUCUAUGAGUGACUUCCAGCGUUUGAUGGACAGCUCGCCCUUCCUGCCAGACAAGAGCAAGUCAGGUGAAUGUGGGCGGGAUGAGGUGACCCCGCCACUGUCUCCUGAUGACCUCAAAUAUAUUGAGGAGUUUAACACCAAGGGCUGGGAUCUUUCCAAAUCCCCACUGUCUUCCUGCCCAAUCCCAGGCCCUGUGCUGCCCCCACAAGUAGUGGAGGCAUGGGUGGAACGGGCAGAUACCCACAGACCUGUUCCUUCUUCAUCAGAUACAUUUCAGCCAGCUGCAUGGUACUUGACCACCAGUGCCACACUAACCACCAAUACCACAAGUAGCCUGGAGCACUGCCAGCGCCUGGCUGCAAGAAGCUCCCCGGUGCCUGAACACUUUGGAGUGCGUGUCCUCCACAGCCCCACUAGGGCAGAGAGGUUAAACCCAGGACCGUCAGAUCAGGAGUAUGCCUUUCCCAGAAUGAGCAUGGAUAAUGAAGGGGAGGACUUUUUUGCAGGAAGGUGGCCUUGUGAACUGAGACAUUUGGAAGGUGAUGAGCAUGCUACUCUGUGCACUGCGAUGGGUUACACAUCUUCGCUUGAGCUAGAGCUAUCUCGGAACCUCAGUGAUGACAUGAAGGAAGUGGCAUUUUCUGUCCGAAAUGCCAUCCGCUCUAAUGUGGCAUCCGGAACCAGUCCUGUGGACCGUCAAAUGCGUGAUGCAGCAUGCCAGACAAAUGGCUCAACUACACGUGGCACACAAACCACACAGGGUGUAAAUGUGGCACUGCAGACACUCACCAGCAGCCCUCGCCGCUGCCUGACUCCCGUUUCAUCGCCCUCACGUAGCCUCAGGAAGGCACAGUACUCACCUGCUACACAGGCCAAGUUUGAACGGUCAUGCUGUUCACCAAAAUAUGGAUCACCUAAGCUCCAGCGCAAACCUUCGUGUACCAAUAAUGGCCAAGGCAAAUCUGAACCCCCUGCCACCAUAUCCAGAGCUCCAACUCCCACUUCUCAGGCUCUGAAGGGCAACAGUGAGUCAGCAUGGGCGCGUUCCACCACUACCCGUGACAGCCCCGUCCACACCACCAUCAACGAUGGCCUCUCCAGCCUCUUCAACAUCAUCGACCAUACCCCAGUGACGUAUGACUCUGCGCAGAAGUUCAACAAGUCUCCAAGUCGUUCCAGGCCCGUUGAAAGUGGGUCUGCAGGUGUUUCAGACCCUAAACCAGGCAAUUGUGGAGGACCACAGGACCAGACGAGGCCACCCAGGGGUCGUUCCCCAAGCCCUAUCCAGCUCAUAGUGGAAUUACAGGGUGAGAAGAACCCAGAGAUGAUUAGCAUCAGACAGGACUUGUCAGCGCCACCGGGUUACACGAUAGCAGAGAACGCUGCACGGAUAUUAAAUAAGAAACUGUUGGAGCAGGGCUUCAGGGAGGAGAAGAAACAGGGUUCAGCCACAGCAGCACAGAGCAAAGCGGGAGAAGUGGACAAACCUGGAUGCAUUGAGGACCUCCCCCGAUCUCCUGUAGCCCCGCCCCUGGACUCCUGUUUCCUGCGCCCGGCGCGUCCUGCCAACCGGCGCCCUCCCUCUCGCUGGGCCGCGCACUCUCCUUCUUCUUCACCCAACUACAAAGAUCACACAGAGAGGUUCCGCUUCCCCUCGCCCAUCAGACCUGCCCAGUCGAUCCCAGAGACAGAGGAGUCCUGUCAGGAACUACCUCAGCACCCAGCCUGAGGACAUCCUGCACCAGCCAAGCCUGCUCACUGUCCUCUCCUCUCUUCUUCUUUUUUCUUCACUCUUCUUCGCAUCCCGCCAUAAACCUACAGUUGACCUCUACUGUAGACUUGCAUUAGACUCGGAUUGUUCUCUCCAUCUGUUCUGUUACCUUUUCUCCUUCUCCUCUCCUUCCCUGUCAUAAUCUCUUCCUUUAUCCCACUAUCUUCUUUUCCUCUUUUUCUUUUUUUUUCUCCUCACCUUUGCCGACUUCUUCUCCUAUAACUUCUUUCUCAUAUAGUUUUUCCACGCUCCUCACCACUCUUAUUUUUCUCCUAUCCUCAUUCUCUUCAUUUUUUAUCUCAUUUAUUUACUUAUAAUCUCAUUUAUCCUUUUGUAUUUGCUUUUUCUUAUCCCUUCUUCCUUUUCAUCUUUUCCUUUAUUUCCCCCUUACCUUCUUUGUUUUGAUGCUCUCCUCCUAUUCCUCCUUUCAUCUUUUCUAACCAGCCUCCUGUAUAUUCCAUCUUCUCCUCUCAUACUCAGCCUCUCCUCCACGACCUCUUCUUCAUCCACCGACAAUCUCUUCUCCUCCUUCUCCUCCUCUUACCAUCUUCCGUUCCUCGCCUUCUCACUGUUCUCCUCCAUCUCUUUCUCCUUUAAUCCAGCCUGACCACACAAGCACCACCAGAGCGUCGGAACGUCCUAGCCCUUCUCCCACUUUCACGUCCUCGACACCGGGGAUGAGAGAAGGACGCAGUUCCUCGAGCACCAGCCGACAAGCAACAACCUUCUAGUACUUUCUGUGAGAAUUCAAGGACCUAGAAUGUACUGAAGCAAAACAACACAACCUACUCCAUCAGAGGUGCCUAAACACACUUGAUAUCUCAACGGUCCCUUAUAUGUGUGUCUCUGUGUAUAUGCAAUACAUCUGAAUUUAUACGUGUUGGUCAGAUUGAGAUGAUUUUUUUUUUUCUUAUAUCCUGGGGAAAAAAUAAAACGGAUAAAUCGAUUUGUCUAAAUGUUUACAUGUUGUUGCUUUGUUUUGCUCAUCCGUUUAGGAUAUAUAUGUUAUCUCCCAUGUACAUACUUAAUCAGAUUAUUUUCUUAUUCUUUGUGUAAUAGUUUUAUUUCUGUCUUUUUUUUCUUUUUUCUUUUUUGCUUGUGGCUUGAAUUUAUUUAAGAAAAAGACAUUUUAUUUAUUUUAUACACCGAAUAAAAGAUUAUGCGACAGAAGAACAGAAACCUGAGUCAGGGAAAAACAUGAAACAUGAUGUCAACAACACUGAAGUAUUUAUUACUCCAAAAGUAAAGCUGAACGUUUAACGCACCACAACAGGAAGGUCACGGGCAACUGAUUAUCCUUAUGCAUAUUUUCCUGCAUAAUUUGAUCCGCAUGCCUUUUCAACCCUAGCACUUUAGUGCAUGUUGUUAAAUGCUGUUGUACCUUGUGCUAUAGCUCUAUAAUAUAAGACAGCCCUAUAUACGAACACACACUCAACCACACACGUACACAUAUACAUACACACACACGCGCGCACACGCAAUCCACUGUCCAUGAUCUGUAAUGAUUUUGUUGCUGUCAAAUUUACACAAAAUUAGACCACUUUUUAAGUCGCUUAUUGUACCUAUUGCCCUGUCUUUGUAUAGUUGUUAUUAUUAUUAUUAUUAUUAUUAUUAUUAUUAUUAUUAUCAUUAUAUUUAAAUUAUUUCUUUAAAGGAUAAAAAUGGGAUUGUAAAAAAAAAAAUAUAUAUGAAUGUUUUAAAUUAAGUCAGUGUCUAAAGUCUAAUGAUAUAAAGUCUGUUUAAUUGGUAAUAAAAAUGAAUGUGUAUUUACAGAAAUUACUCGUCUGGUUAUGCAGAUCUG